ACACACAGCCUCUGCUUAUUUGUGUGGCGAAGAGAAGAGAUAACAUUCUUAAGCAAUCUCUCUUCUCUCUCUCUUCGUCUCCAUACACAGAGAUCACUUUAAGCAUUCUCAUCUCUUGAAGCUUUGUCUCUGUGUCUUUGUGGCCAUGGCUGCUAACUCGAUUAUGGCAUCCUCCAAACCCCUAAUCUCCCUCUCCUCCAACCAACAACCAACCCGAGUCCAAAUUCCCAAAUUCACCAAACUCUCCCAAAUCCCUAAAUCCCUCGCUUCCUCCUCCGACGAUCUCCGUAGCAAAGCUCUGUCACUCUCUUCCGCCACAGCCAAAUCCCUAGCUCUAAUCGCCGCUUUCGCUCCUCCGUCGAUGGCCGAGGCGAUGGAGAAAGCACAGCUUUUCGAUUUCAACCUCACGCUUCCGAUCAUCGUCGUUGAGUUUCUCUUCCUGAUGUUUGCGUUAGACAAGGUUUACUACUCUCCGCUUGGUAACUUCAUGGAUCAGAGAGACGCUUCGAUUAAAGAGAAGCUCGCGAGUGUUAAGGACACUUCGACUGAGGUGAAGGAGCUUGAUGAGAAAGCUGCUGCUGUGAUGAGAGCUGCUAGGGCUGAGAUCGCUGCUGCGCUUAACAAGAUGAAGAAGGAGACUCAGGUUGAGGUUGAGGCGAAGCUAGCUGAAGGAAGGCAGAAGGUGGAGGCGGAGCUACAAGAAGCUUUGACGAGCUUGGAGAAGCAGAAGGAAGAAACCAUUAAAGCUUUGGAUUCUCAGAUCGCUACUCUCAGUGAAGACAUUGUCAAGAAGGUCCUUCCUUCUUAAAAUUGUUAAUUUUUGUAAUUCUCUGUCUCUCUCUCUCUCUCUGUAUCAAAAAACUCAUUUACAAGACAAUUACUGUAAAUCUCUCUUCGUCUCAUCUUCUUCUUCUCUGUCUCUUGGACUGUUUCCUAGUUCAAGAAGAUCAAAUUUUUAAUUUGUAAGUUUUAUAAAUAAUUAGCUCUCUUGUCUCGUUUUAAUUACGAUUAGUAUAUUGGAGGAA